AUGAGUCUCAACAUGACCAAGGCAAUGUUUAAACUACUUAUCCUCAUAGUUUCCUCCUAUGAAAUGGGUGCUAGUCAACUAUUAAAAAUUCCCAUCACUCGUGUACAAUCACGCUCUUCAUCAACUCAAAACUGUACUGUUUUCCAAAACAACGUCACAGUAUGCAACAGGAUAUCACCAACCUUCGGCAAAGUUGCUGUUGUCAAGUCUUCAGCUUUCGAAAGUCUUGUCAACGAAGCUGAUGCAUACUUCUAUGGAACCAUCUACAUCGGUACANUUUUGGGCGACUAUUUUCUGUAUUGGUACUACGCGAUCUUUGAUAUCAACAACAAUCGUGUGGGUUUUGCAAAAUCAGCUUCAUACAACUGGACGCCGACGGUUGAUUCAUCUCUGUUUCUUGGAACAGCAACAACAACAACUGCCGGUACGACGACUACUGCAACUGCGACCAAAGCGGUGACGACAACAACAAUAACAAGCACGAUGAGCGCAGUGUCAAGAACAACAGUAAAUAUAACAGCGACCACUAACACAACUACGAUGACGGCGAGACUAAAUACAACUGUAAGUACAACAACAGAGCAAAAAACGGCUACACAAGGAGGAAACACUGUAUUUCGUGCAUCUGACAUUUUGUGGACUUUUGUUGUAAUUGCCGUACUGCGAUCGUACUUUUGA